AUGAAGCAUGGGAUAGCAUUUCGAAAAUUAUCACGAACGAGUUCGCAUAGGAAUCUUAUGCUGAGGAACUUGGUCUCGUCUCUCUUGCAGCAUGAGCAAAUUAUGACAACGGUAGCCAAAGCUAAGGAGACUGCAAGGCUGGCUGAGAAGGUUAUUACUUUGGCCAAGAAAGGCACUCUUCCAGCUCGACAAGACGCUGAAGGUUUCCUCCUCAACCCGCACUCCAUUUUGGACAAGCUAUUCACGACUUACCGUGAUCGGUACCUCCAAAGACCAGGUGGAUAUACUCGUAUUCUAAAAUAUGGGCAUCGACAAGGUGACCAUGCCCCAAAGGCGAUACUGCAACUCGUUGAUGGACCGCGAGACUUAAGACUUCAAAUGGCUGGGCGUGCGGUAGGAAGAGAGACAGCUGGCUCUUUUGCGGUCAAUGAACCAGGGAGAGGGCUACGAGAACGGACCAAGUGGGCAGUGGACAAGGCCUUGAAGUUCAGUGGAGAUGAAGGGAAAAAACGGCUGGAGGCGGUUGCUCAAGAACAUGCGAACAAACUCCUUGCGGAACCGCGUGCAUUCUCCGGACUGCUCGAUCGUUCUCUCCCAGUCUCGGAAACAGGAAAGCGAAAAAUUCGCGCAGGAGAGAGGCUAACAGGCAUGAGUACCUCUGCGACGGGUUUAGGUAUUGCCAAGGGUGCGCUUGGGAAAAAGCCCUCUGCGAAGAUACCAGGAUUCUGGCAGAGAGGGUGGCAGCAGAAAGUUGGCCUUCCCGCACCCUCUGCGUAA